UGUGCCCCCACCUUCGCCCCUUCUCCCCCUCUCCCGCCUUUCUAGGGGCUCCUGUGCGCGCUCCCUCCUCCCUCUCCCACCUCCUCCGUUUCUUCCUGCCGCCUCCUCCUCUCCGCUCCCUCCCGACACGGCGAGCCAGGACGUGGUGGAGGCGCGUGAUCCGGAGGAAGAACACCCCGUUCCUGUACGACCUGGUAAUGAUGUACGCCCUGGAGUGGCCCAGCCUCACGGUGCAGUGGCUUCCUGAUGUGACCAGGCCAGAAGGAAAGAAUUAUGCUCUGCACAGGCUGAUUUUGGGAACACACACAUCUGAUGGACAGAACCACCUGGCUGUUGCCAGAGUCCAGGUUCCCAGCAAUGAUCAGUUUGAUGCUUUACAGUCUGAUAAUGAGAAAGGAGAAUUUGGUGGCUUUGGAUCUGUGACUGGCAAAACAGAGAUGGAGAUUAAAAUUAACCAUGAGGGUGAAGUGAACCAUGCCCGUUACAUGCCACAGAACCCCUGCAUCAUUGUGACAAAAACACCCUCUGCUGAUGUGCGGGUGUUUGACUACACUAAACAUCCUUCAAAAACAGACCCAAGUGGAGAGUGUGAUCCUGACCUCAGAUUAAAAGGACACCAGAAGGAAGGCUAUGGCUUGUCAUGGAACUCAAAUUUAAGUGGACAUCUUCUCAGUGCAUCUGAUGAUCAUAUGGUGUGUUUAUGGGAUGUAAGUGCUGGACCCAAAGAGGGCAAGAUUGUUGAUGCAAAAGCCAUCUUUACUGGGCACUCUGCAGUGGUGGAAGAUGUGGCAUGGCACCUGCUUCAUGAGUCUCUGUUUGGAUCCAUGGCAGAUGUUCAGAAACUUAUUGUUUGGGACACAGGAUCUAACCCCAUGUCCAAGCCAAGUCACUCGGUAGAUGCUUACACAGCCGAGGUCAACUGUCUGUCCUUCAGUCCUUACAGUGAGUUCAUUCUGGCAGCUGGCUCUGCUGACAAGAUGGUGGCUCUGUGGGAUCUUCGAAACAUAAAGCUGAAACUCCAUUCUUUUGAGUCUCAUAAGGAUGAGAUUUUUCAGGUUCACUGGUCUCAUAAUGAAACCAUUCUUGCUUCAUAUAACCUACUUUCUUACAGUAAAAUUGGAGAAGAGCAGUCUGCAGAGGAUGCAGAAGAUAGGCCUCCUGAGCUGCUGUUUAUUCAUAGAGGAUACACUGCCAAAAUCUCAGACUUCAGUUGGAAUCCUAAUGAGCCUUGGGUAAUCUGUUCUGUAUCAGAGGACAACAUAAUGCAGAUCUGGCAGGUGGCAGAAAACAUUUACAAUGAUGAAGAACUAGAUAUAACAGCAGCUGAACUGGAAGCUCAAGGAAUGUAACUUUUCUUCUUUAAGGAGCUACUAGGAGUGCCAUAGUCAAAUUCUGUUACUACAGUAUAUAUAAAAUAAAGCCCUGAAAAAAACCCCCCAAAACCAACUAGCAAACCAAACCAAAACCCCACAAUCACUGGGCAGAAGCAUUACAUUAAAACAAGAAUAUUCCUAAUAAGAUUAAGCAAAAAGCUUGUUUAAUCAAGUUGUCAUGGGAUACCUGUGGUUCUUUGGGUGCUUUGAGGUGUUACAUACUGUACAGCAAUUAGCUUAAGAGAAAAUAAGGUAACUUUAAUACCUCUAUCUAUAUUUUUUAAAUAAAAUAAAUGUGUUCCUGUAAAUAAAAUGGUCACCCUCACUCUUUGCACACAGAAACUGUAUUUUAAAAAAAACCCUUUUCUAUUAAUAUUUAAAAAGAGCUUUUCACCUUUACACACUGCUUUUAGAUUGGUUUUACCAAUAGAUAAAAAUCUAUUUUAAAAAAGCUGGGUGUGGUUAAUGUUCAGUGGCAUAAAUUGAAUGCCUUCUUGCAUUCAGUAAUGGAAUAAAUUUAAUUGGUCCCUGGUCAUAAAGUUAUGAACUAAAAAAUAUGUAACUUAGCCCAUGGUUAAAGGUCUGGGAAGAUGAGCAUUUUCUUCAAUCAAAAAAAAAAAUUGAAUAGAUAAUGUGACUUCUUCACAAAGGGAAGGGAUAGAGGAGGAGUUUUAGGAAGCCAGGGGCAGAGCCACUAGGUCUGUAAAGUUCAAGCAUAAAUCUUGAGCAGUCAAGUAACGUGUUUGGGUGAUUAGUAGUUGGAUUUUGUUUGUUUGUUUGUAGUUUUGUUUUUAGUGGGUUUUCUGUGUUAGUGUGCUGUGGGGUUUUUUUUGGGGUGUUGGUAAAAGCACUGUCCUUUAUAAUUUUCUUAAGUGCCAAGGUGCAAGUGCCUUCUGAGUGAAUUGGUGUUAACCUGUGUUUGGUUAGAGCCUUCCUGUUGCAUUUUUUACUUACAUGAGGCAAGUGUCCAGUUGUCUAAAAUACAUUAGUGUCUGAACAAAUAAUAGACAAACACAGUUUGCUUCUAAACUUUGGACUGACUGAAAAGCUCAAGAAUUUUGCCUGUAUAGAAGCAAAAUUUCAUCAUAUUUAUCAUGGAUCUAAACAGCAGAUGGAUUAUGUUGGGAGCUGUCUUGACGAAUCUAAGUGUUUUACGUGGACUUUAUAGCUCUUAGCUACCUAAGACCUUAAUUAAAUUAAUUGCUGGUUGUCCUGAUCUUUCUGCUCAAGCUUAAAAAAAAGAAAAAGAGAUGAUGAAGAGUCAGUAGAAGAUUCAGUCAGAAGACUUAUAUUGAAAAUAUGAUACCUUGCUCUCCACUGGAACUGUAACAAGGCACAUCUCUGGAGUCACUGGGUCACCAUGCAUGGACUUGUCUCCACACCUUUUUCAAUAAUAGUUCCUAUUAAAGUGAUGCAGGUUCAUAUGUAUUGUGGAAAGGAAGCACCAUCAGGCUUUCCAUCCACUGGUCUUUUUCAAGGGAACUGUGCACAGUUUUGAGAAUCUCCUUUUUUGGACUGGCUGUUCACAGAAGACCAGGUAUAAUGAAAACUAUAAAAGGUUCAUGUUUGAAAAGAAAUUCACCUGCUUGUGACUCUGGAUUCAAAAAAACCCAGAAGAAUCCAACACUAGUUUUAAGACUAUACAGAAAAAAACAAGAGUUUUUGUCUAGAAGUUACAGAUUCAUUGGAAGAAAACUUCUCCAAAGACUGCAAGUAUAUUGCUGAUUCUCAACAUACAAAUAAAACAUUACACACAAUUUGGGGGACAAACAGUGCAGAAAAACACGUGCUUUAUUCUGUAUUUGUUAUUUCUUAUAGCAUAAAACCAGAGGUUACAACUCUUGACCGCACAAGGUACCUUUGGUGUGUUGUUUCACAGCAUGUUCCCCAGUCUAAGAGAGAUUUAAACGAUACGUAGCAUAUUUGUUGAGAAAAUGCAAACAAAUAACAUUACUUGCCUGUUAGCAUCCAUAUCAAUAUUUCAGGCAUCAUGUACAAAACUUAAACCUCAGUCUCCCUGUUGAAAUCUACCCUAACUUUCAA